GAGAGAGAGAGAAGUGGAAAAGGUGAGAUAGAGAGGUGCAGAGAAAGAUCAAGAAGGAAGCAUGGGAAGAGGGAAGGUGGUUCUGGAGAGAAUACAGAACAAGAUCAAUCGCCAAGUCACGUUUUCAAAGCGAAGAAACGGUUUGCUGAAGAAAGCCUUCGAGCUAUCUGUGCUAUGCGAUGCUGAAAUCGCUCUGAUCAUCUUCUCCAGUCGUGGCAAGCUUUUUCAGUACAGUAGCACUGACAUUAACAGAAUCAUUGAGAAGUAUCGUCAAUGCUGCUUCGACAUGUCUCAGACUGGUGACGACGCUGAACAUCAAUCGGAGCAGUGCUUAUAUCAGGAGCUUUUGGUAUUAAGAGUCAAGUAUGAAUCACUCCAACGAACCCAAAGGAAUCUUCAGGGAGAAGAACUUGAGCCACUCAGCAUGAAAGAACUGCAUAGCUUAGAGAAACAACUGGAUAGAACGCUUGCACAAGCUCGGAAGCACCUAUCACAGAAGCUGGUAUCAAGAAUUGACGAACUACACGGAAAGGUGUGCAACCUGGAGCAGAUUAACAGACAUUUGGAGUCAAAGAACAUAAGUAAAUGCACUCAUUGUGAAGAUUAUACUAAUCAGUUUGAAGCUGGAACAGCAACUUCGUUGCGGCCUCAGCAGGAGCAAAUUACUUCAAAGGGAAAAGAAAUAGACACGAGGUGUCUUAACGAGAAUAACGAAUGGCAGCUUUGAAUAAUAUGGGCAGUUGGUCGACUGUAUAUCCAUCAAAUAUAUAUCUCAGAAAUCUGGCAAGUUCAGCCUCCAUUGCUGACAGUUUCAUAAUUUACUGUAUGCUUGAUUGAAGUGAUCAUUUUGAAGGAAUAAUAUUUUUAUUUUUACUUACCAAAGCUUUAAAAAAAAAUAAAGGUUUGCAACUUAUUUAAGGCCAGUUAAA